AACCAGAAAUAAUUGAAUAAUUCAAUAUAAAUAAAUAAUUUUAUGCGUUGGCAUCCAAAGUCGUUCACGCUUUACAAACGCAACAAACAAUUGCAAAAUUCCCUUUGGCUAAGAAUUAAUAGCGGCCAAAUUGCUUUUAUGCAAAGCCGGCUAAUUAAUUCGACGAAAUUCCAUUUUGGCAACAUUGAAAACAACUUACAAAUUAAUAACAAACAAUCGAAGACACAUAAUAAUAACAAACCGAACGGUCCGCAUAUUGUGGACAGCUUCCAUUGGCCUUGGCCCGAUCCCUUAAGCCACAUACGAGCGAGUCAACCAAAGGAACACAACAAGUACAACUAACAAAAUGGAUCCACAACAGCAGUUUUGCCUCAAAUGGAACAGUUACUCGUCCAAUUUGGCAAUUACCUUCUCCAACCUAUUCAAAUCGGAUCUGUUGGCCGAUGUCACAUUAUCCUGCGAUGGCGCCGUAUUUAGAGCACACAAACUAAUAUUGGCUGCCUGUUCGAAAAAGUUCGCCGAUCUGUUCGAGAACACGCCCACAAAUGGCCAGUGUGUCAUCAUAUUGGAGGCGACCACGCCGGAUAACAUGGCCGCACUGCUGGAGUUCAUGUACAAGGGCGAGGUGCACGUCUCCCAGGAGGCGCUCAACAGUUUUCUCAAGUCCGCCGAGAGUCUACAGGUCAAAGGUCUGUCCACAGAGACCGGCCGCCUGGCCGCCCAGCAGGCACAGCAGCAACACAUGGGCGGCGACAGCUCGCCGCUCGACUCACCCACCGGUCGGCGCAGCAUGCGCAACAGCUUAAGCGGCAGCAGCGGUGCCGGCAUUGUCGGCGGCGGCGGCGGCGGUUUGGUUGGCGGCGGCAACAGCGGCCCCAUAGCCGGCGGCAUGGGCAACGGCAAUGGGCUGAGCCUGGCUGGCGCCUUGAGCGGCAUGGCAGCUGCCGGCGGCAUGGCCGCCGCGGCCAGCGUUGCGGCUAGCGGCUUGAGCGCUUUGGCGGCCAGUGCUGGUGCAUUGGAUCGCUGCGGCAGCGCCGGCGGCAACAUUAUCAGCGGCUCGGCAGCGGGCAGCGUUGGACCAUUGAGCUCUGGCGCCGGCGGCAACGGCGGCGGCAGCAGCAGCGGUGGCGGUAGCGGCGGUGGCAACGGCAUGGGCGGCAACAAUGGACCCAUCAGUCUGGGCAGCGGUGCUGGCGCCGCUAUGCAUUUGGGCGGCUCGACGGGCAGCCUGAAACAGGAAUGCGACUCACUAAUGCAUGCGAGCAACUCCUCAGCGCUGGGCGCCAUGUCCGGCUACGUGCCGCCCAUGUACCACCGUCCGAUAUCCUUCAAUGAGCCGCUGCGCAAGCGCGCCCUCCGCAGUCCCUAUCCCGAACAGGAGCUGCGCGGCAGCGUACUGCGCGAUGGCUCCAAGAACUCCUCGGAGUGCCCCAGCCCCAUCAACAAGCCACCGUACCAUCGGCCCUCGUCCAGCGCCUCCUCAACGGCGCCCACCGAGGCGGACACAAUGCACUCGGAACGUGCCUCACCGCAGUCCAGCCGUUAUGAGAACCACAGUCCCAGCACCACGGCCGGCAAUGGGAAUGCGCCCAGCAGCCUGGAUCGGAUUGUCAAAUCGGAGCGCAACAAUGGCAGCGCCAAUGAGGCUAAUGACGACGAACGCGAACUGAUGGACGAGUCAACAGAUAAUGGCGCCGAGGAUUUGCGUGUGAAACUGGAGAAUUCGAACUUUUCACCGCCGCCGGCCAACUCGAACACCUCGUCGACCACACCGAACACGCUGCUGGAGAACCUCAAGAACGCGGACGGCUCGCUCUCCGGCAACUUGGCCGCCUCGAUAGCGCCCGCCGACAUGCUGAACGUGUGGAACGCCACCAAGAUGAACAACAAGAACAGCGUGAACACCGCCGACGGCAAGAAGCUGAAGUGCUUGUACUGCGAUCGCCUCUACGGCUACGAGACGAAUCUGCGCGCCCACAUCCGGCAGCGGCAUCAGGGCAUCCGUGUGCCCUGCCCCUUCUGCGAGCGGACAUUCACGCGCAACAACACAGUGCGCCGGCACAUUGCCCGCGAGCACAAGCAGGAGAUUGGCCUGGCCGCCGGCGCUACAAUUGCGCCGGCCCAUGUCGCCGCAGCGGCGGCAGCAGCGGCGGCCGCCAAUCAUUCACCAUAGGAAGCGGCCGCAACGGCAGCGGCAGCAGUAGUCAUGAGCGCCCACAAGGAGGCGGCAAAGCAGCGUAAACGUAAAUCACUCAAAAUGGCAUUGGAGAAGUGCAUGCAGCGGCGGGACGCGAUGGCGUCCAGCGUCGAGGCGGCGACGGUGGCAGGCAGCGGGGGCGAGACUGCCACCAGUGGGGGCGCAUUAACGGAGGAGGGCGACGAGGAGGCGGCGGCAGCGGCGGCCGCUGCCAGCGGGCUGCUCAGCUUUGUGCAGCAGCAGCAGCAGGUGCACCAGGAGCUGGCGCUGCAAAUCAAGGCGGCCAUGGCCGCCGAGCAGGAGCAGCACCAGCAGCAGCGCCAGCAGGCCGAGGCAGCGGAGGCCAUGGACACCACGGCCAAUACAAUGGCAACAACCACAACGGGCAACACAACAACAACGACCACAACGGAUGGCAGCGAUGCGGAGGCCAGCGAUGUUAGCGGCAGCGAGGCGGCAGUGCGAGCAACUGCGUCCUCUGCUGCCAUGGACAUUGAUGAGCCGCUGCGUUCGCCGGAGCCGGAGUCCGAGCUGGUUGUGGUUGAGCCCAAGAUAGAGCCGCUCUCGGACAGCGAAGAGGAGCGGGAGCACGAGCAGGAGCAGGAGCGGGAGCGAGAGCGGGAGGAGCGGCUAUAUAUCGCAACAUCCCCGCCGCCAGCCGCUGAGCUGCACCGCACGCCCACGCCCACCAGCCAAAUGAUGUUGCCACACGAAGCGCCCACAUUGACCUCGACGCCCAAGCUCAAUGUGGAUGUGAAUGAGCAGUAAGCAAAACCCGCCACAAGU